AAUUACAAUAGGGCAUAGUAUAAGCUUACACACACAUGCAUUUGAUGCUAUGGCAAACAAAGAAUUAGUACAUGAUAAGGAGUCUAGCAAAACUUCAUGAAAGAGGCAAUUCAUGAACAGUGUGAACUACAAGUACAGGUUACCCAGGCCAAAAAAAGUAAAUAUGUAAGUAAAAAGGAGAAAGAGAAAGGAAGGGGCACAGAAAGAUGGGCAAAUGGAUAAAGAGAAAAGGAAAGAAAAAAGAAGCAACAGACAUCAUAGGUAGGAAGAGCAGCAUAUCAUUUAGUGGAAGUACAACUAUCCUUCCUUACUGGAGUACAGGGGCACAAGGAAAGAGAUUAAGUUAUAUGAGUAAAUAAAUAUCAGAUCAAGCAGGACCUUGAGUGUUAUGCUCAAUUGUUAGGAUUUAGUUUCAUGGUAAUAAUGCUUCAUUGCAGCACAGCUUACAGACUAAAUGAACAUCACUGGAUCAGAACCCCAUUCUGAGUCUGUGAGUGAAUUCAUCCUUCUGGGUCUCCCCUGCAGCAGGGAGAUUCAGGUCGUCCUGUUUAUGUUAUUCUCCAUCAUCUACCUCCUGACUCUCUUGGGAAAUGGAGCCAUCAUCUGUGCUGUGUGUUGGAACCAGCAUCUCUGCACCCCCAUGUACAUCUUGCUGGGAAAUUUUGCAUUCCUGGAGAUGUGGUAUGUCAACUCCAUUGUUCCAAACACACUGGUCAACUUCCUCUCAGAGACUAAGUCCAUCUCUUUCACAGGCUGCUUCCUUCAAUUAUAUUUUUUCUUUUCCAUGGGCUCCACUGAGUGCUUCUUUCUCUCAGCAAUGGCUUUUGAUCGCUACUUUGCCAUCUGUCAUCCUCUGCAUUAUGCCACAAUUAUGAUGGGACACCGUUGCUUCAACCUAGUGAUUUCCUGUUGGGUGUGUGGUUUCCUGUGGUAUCUGGUGCCUGUUAUUCUCAUCUCCCAACUGCCUUUCUGUGGCUCUAAUGCAAUUGACCACUUUGUAUGUGACUCAGGCCCACUGCUGGCCCUUUCGUGUGUUCCUGCCCCUAUGACUAUGCUUGCCAGCUACACCUUAAGCUCCCUUGUCAUCCUCCUUAGCUUUCUUUUCAUCCUCAUCUCCUAUGUCUUGGUUCUACUUGCUGUGAUUCAGUUGCCCUCAGCGUCCAGUCGGCACAAGGCCUUUUCAACCUGUGGGUCUCAUCUGUCUGUGGUGCUGCUGUUCUAUGGGACCAUUAUGGUGAUGCAUGUGAGCCCUGGAUCCAGCCAUUCUACCUUGAUGCCAAAGAUCAUGACUCUGUUCUAUGCAAUGGUGACACCACUCUUCAACCCUUUGAUUUACAGUCUCAGGAAUAAGGAAAUGAUAAAUGCUCUCUGGAAAGUUCUGGAAAGUUUAAAAUGUCUUUAA